AGAGUUGUUUCAUGCUGACAGUCUUAAUUCGUAGAGUAAUAAUUAGUGACUUCUUCCAGGAGGACUGCAAACCCUUUACAGGGACGGGUGUGGGAAUGAGUGGUUCUGUCACAGACGUAACCGGAUGAAACUGUUCACAGAACCAUGCUUAGCUUGUUCAUUACCUGCUUAUAAACUGUUCUUGCUACGCAGAAGUAGUAAUAACUUACCUAAAGCUCUGAGCACUCUGCAAAUGUUAAUAUGUCUCCCUAGCAGGGCAAGAAAUACAGAUACUUUAUAUAGGUUUUAUACAACUAAUAGAAAUCCGUAUCUAUGUCAUUCCCUCUGCGUGCACUGAGAAGCAAGGUGCACUGUAGGGAAGUGAACUGGAAAAAUGUUAUAAAAAACUUGUGGCAUGCCCCACAUCUGGGCAGAUUGUUGCUGUUUUUUUAACCACCGUAAAGUUUGAUAAUGACUGAAUAGAUAUCAGAGUCGGUUUUAAGGCAAAAUUAAAAACAGCAGCGAUCUAGACUUCACACUUCCUUCCUGUUACCACGAGCCAAUCAGCAGUCUGUUAGAACUAACUGAACGGAUGCUGAUCCAGACUGUCAUACACUUUCCUGAGAAGCUCAUUGCUAAUUUUAAGAUCCUGCCCUGAGUCUAUAAUUUUUUUAUUGCUAAGAAGUGACUAUUCACAUCCGUUUCUCUCCUGUCCCAUAGCUAGGUACGAUGGUUCUGCAAGUGUCGCUUACUAUAUCUUACUAAUUAUACUUUGUUAGUCCUUGGCAGCUACCUCUUGAAACUUUAACUAUUAAUUGCUUGCUGUUUUUUUUUUUAUUUAUGAACAUAACUUCAGUUGUUUGUUACUAAUUUCACAUUGUAAAACCUUAGACAUUUUAUUUAGAAAGGUUGGUAUUUAAGACUUUCUCUACUGUGCUUGCCUAGCUCAUCUCCUGUGUGUCUAGCAGUUUUGUUGACAGGGAUUCUUGCCUUUCCUAACGCAUAUUUAUAAUGUAAUACCUGGGCUGCAGUCAAGUUAUGAAAAAGGACUCAACAUCUCUAGCAAUGGCAAGAAUUUCUAGAAUCAUCGUUAAGUACUGAAAACAGGAAAGCUUAGGUAAGGAUGCAAGUUCUCCAGCUUCACAUCUAAGUUAUCUCACUGAUGGAAGUACUAAGGAACGUUCUCCUGGGCAGAUGUUCUAGUAAGGUUUUUUUGUAGCUUCCUCUGAAGUCGGAAAAUUAGGCGAAAUGAACCAAGGGCUGAUUUGAUCUGGUAGCCUUUGUGUUUAUACAGCUGCCUUCCUGAGGCAACCUCAGCAAAUGGAUAAUGGCUUGACUAGGCCACGGAGAAUUAGCAGCUGGUUCCUCCAAAGUAUCACUGAGGCUAAAGUAGCCAGUAUAUAUGAGUCACCUGGCUUCUUUCUAGGCUUGGAUCCAAUUCCAGGAGCCAUUGAAGCUAUGCAGGAGAUGAUCCAUAUGCAGGACAUUGAAGUCUUUAUUUGCACAAGUCCUCUCCGGAAAUAUGAGCACUGCAUCCUGGAAAAGUAUAAGUGGGUAGAAAAACAUUUGGGUCCUGAGUUUGUGGAGCGGAUUAUUCUAACCCGGGAUAAGACCAUCGUAUCUGCUGACUUGCUCUUUGAUGACAAGGACACCAUCAGAGGUGCAGAGCUGAACCCAAGCUGGGAGCACAUCCUGUUUACCUGCUGCCACAACAAACACAUCCAGGUGAAGCCACCCUGCAGGCGGUUGCUGUCAUGGGCCGAUGACUGGAAAGCAGUCUUGGAAAGCAAACGCAGGAAGUAAUGCAAAAAUGGGGUGCCGUGCUCUUCCCUUUGCCACGGGAAGAACCAGGUCAUCAAGUGGCAGGCAAAUCCAUCCCCAGGAAGCAGAGAGCGCUCUGACCUGGGCAGGGGCCCUACUGGUUAUCAAUUAGACUAUGAGAAGUGACCCACACUUGUUGUAAGACAUACUGCAGGGUUGACUCCUCUCCAGGUUUCUAGAAAGUUGCUCUGUAUUAAACUAGUUAAUCUCUG